AUGGGUAACGCUCUCACGUUUCUCUACGGAAAAUGCUGCAAGCCGACGCCGACCAAUGAGUCUCUCGGUCCUCACGGAGUCUCCCCCGCCACCGUCGGUGUUUCAGCUCUCGCUCACGAUCUCUUCAACUUCGACAUCACUUCCCAGGUUCCUGGAGGACUUGGGAGGUACGUUGAAUCGUCUAAAAAGGCUCAAGCAAAAUGGUUUAAAAAAAUACUUGAGGCAUGGAAACAAGCAAAACCUCCACCACAGACGGCAGAGGAAGCUUCUAGGCUUGUUAUCGAGAUAUUAAAAAGGAAUCAAAAAGCGGACGUUGAGGGACUUUUAUCUUUCUAUGGACUCCCUUUGCCUGAUAGUCUGGUUGAGCUCUCUACUGAAGCUCAUGUGUCUUUGCCUGAAGGAGUUCUAUACGAAUUUCAAACACUUCCGGUGGAUCCAAAAGCUGUGGCAGAUGGAGACACCAUCACAGUGUAUGUCAGUUCUUCAGACCCGGCCGUGUCAUCUUCUGUUCCAAGGGAAGUAAAUGUUGCAGCAACUGAAAGAUUAAAAGCACGCGAGAAGAAGGAUUACACAAAAGCUGAUGGACUUCACCAAAAGAUCAUUGAUUCUGGUUAUAGGGUGUUAAAAAUUCAGAAUGAGGAAGUGCUUGCUCGGAAGUUCAGGAUUAGACUAAGGGGAAUAGAUGCACCAGAGGGCCAAAUGCCGUUUGGGAAAGAGGCACAAGAAGAGCUUGUGAAGAUCGUUCAAUGGAAAAGCUUGAAAGUGUUAGUUUACGGUGAAGAUCAAUAUGGUCGAUGCGUAGGAGAUUUAUACUGCAAUGGGAUUUUUGUACAGGAGGCAAUGCUAAAGAAAGGUCUUGCUUGGCAUUACAUAGCUUGUGACAAGCGCAUGGUUCUAGCAAAGUGGGAAAAGGAGGCAAGGCAGAAACGUAUUGGAUUGUGGGCUUCUUCAAAUCCUGAGAAGCCAUGGGACUGGAGAAAAAAUAGGCGUGUAUAG